AUGGCAGUGCCGGGGGUCUCGGGGGUCUCGGGGGUCUCGGUGGGGGGCCGCUCCUUCUCGGCGGCGGACUACCUGGUGUUCGGCGUCAUGCUGGCCGUGUCGGCCGCCAUCGGGGUCUACCACGCCUGGGCGGACCGGGGCCGGAGCAGCUCCGAGGAGUUCCUGACGGGGGGCCGCCGGCUGACGGCGCUGCCGGUGUCCCUGUCCCUGACCGCCAGCUUCAUGUCGGCCAUCACCAUGCUGUCCAACCCGGCCGAGGUUUACCGCUACGGCGCCAGCAUCGUGUUCUUCGGCGUGUCGUACGCGGUGAUGGUUCUGGUCACGUCUGAGAUCUUCAUCCCCCUCUUCUACAAGCUGUCCGUGGCCAGCACCUACGAGUAUCUGGAGCUGCGCUUCAGCAGAGCGGUGCGCCUGCUGGGAACCGUGUUCUUCGUGGCUCAGACGGUCCUCUACACAGGAAUCGUCAUUUACGCUCCAGCGCUGGCUCUGAACCAAGUCACCGGUAUAGACCUGUGGGGCGCCGUCGUCUCCACAGGGGUGGUCUGCACCUUCUACUGCUCAGUGGGCGGCCUCAAAGCCGUGGUCUGGACCGACGUCUUCCAGCUGGGGGUCAUGCUUGCAGGCUUCCUGUGUGUCAUCAUCGGGUCUGUGAGGCUUCAGGGAGGACUCGCGUCCAUCGUCUCGGACUCGCGGGACGGAGGAAGACUCGUCUUUCAGGAUUUUGACCUGAACCCUCUGAGGAGACACACCUUCUGGACCAUCACCGUCGGAGGCUCGUUUCUCUGGAUCAGCAUCUAUGGCAUCAACCAGUCCCAGGUCCAGAGAUACCUGUCCUGUAGGACCAUGAGCCACGCCCGAUACUCCCUGUACAUCAACCUGCUGGGCCUGUGGCUCGUCCUGCUCUGCUCCGUGUUUUCGGGGGUCUGUCUCUACUCGGUGUAUCAAAGCUGUGACCCGUGGACCACGGGGCGGGUCGCUGCGCCUGACCAGCUGGUGCCGUACCUGGUGAUGGACAUCCUGGGGGACUACCCCGGCCUCCCCGGACUCUUCGUAGCAGCGGCUUACAGCGGCUCUCUCAGCACGGUGUCUUCGAGCAUCAACGCCCUGGCCACGGUGACGGUGGAGGACUUCAUCAAACCGCACACACACCUGUCUGACAAGUCCCUGUUCUGGACCUCGAAGGGAACGAGUCUGCUCUACGGCGCUCUGUGCGUCGCCAUGUCAGGAGUGGCCUCGGUCAUGGGCGGGGUUCUGCAGGCGGCUCUGAGCAUCACGGGGAUCAUCGGCGGUCCUCUGCUGGGCCUCUUCACUCUGGGAGUCCUCUUUCCCUUCGCCAACUCUGCAGGGGCGCUGUCGGGUCUGGUGUCGGGCCUGGCCGUGGCCCUGUGGGUGGGCGUCGGCGCCCAGAUGUACCCCCCGCCCCCCGAGAUGACCCGGCCGCUGGCGCUCAACACCAGCGGCUGCAACUUCACCGCGAGCGGCAACUUCAACUGGACUUCCGACGCCCCGCCCACUCCGCCGGGCUCCGCCGCCGCCGCCGCCCGGAGCAGCAGGUCCGGCCUGGCAGACUGGUACUCGCUGUCCUACCUGUACUUCAGCGUGCUGGGAGCCGUCACGGCGGUCGGCGUGGGGCUGCUGGUCAGCCGGCUCACAGGCGGAUGCGGGUCUGAGGUGGAGUCGAGGCUGACGCUGCAGAAAGAAGACACCGUGACGUUUUACUUCUUCCAGCUGCUGAAGAACAGGGUCCUGAGACGAAGGAGAAAACUCCUCCUCGCCAGCGACACGCCGAAGAAGCUCGACAACGCCAACCCGGGUUUCUGCGACGUGGAGCUGGACGAGAAACUCCCCAGGACGCUGAGAUGAGCCCGCUGCUGCGGUCCAGCUUCACGGACGGACGUGAAGCUGCGAUGAAUGAGUGAAUCAUGUGUUUGUGGAGAUGUUGAGUU